AUGGCUAGCCAUGAAUCAAUGUGUCCAAAACCAAUGAAAGCCACUUCCAAUGGGGCAUUUCAACAUGAAAACCCAAUGGAUUAUGCACUUCCUUUGUUGAUUGUUCAGAUAUGUUUGGUCGUUGCUUUUACAAGAUUCAUUGCAUUUCUUUGCAAGCCUCUUAGACAACCUAGAGUUAUUGCAGAAGUCAUUGGAGGAAUAUUACUAGGACCAUCAGCAAUUGGGAGGAACAAGAGAUUUCUAGAGAUAUUUUUUCCUGAAAGAAGCUUAACGGUUCUUGAAACAGUAGCCAACGUUGGCCUUCUAUUUUUCUUAUUUCUAGUAGGUCUUGAACUCGACAUGCGUUCGAUACGCAGAACAGGUACAAAAGCCUUAUGCAUAGCCCUUGCUGGGAUCAGUGUCCCAUUUGUACUUGGCAUAGGCACUUCAGUUGUUCUUCGUCACACGAUAUCCAAAGAUGUUAAUUCAGCUGCCUUCCUCGUAUUCAUGGGUGUUUCUCUUUCGAUUACCGCCUUUCCUGUCCUCGCUCGCAUCCUAGCUGAGCUGAAACUCCUUACAACCGAUGUUGGCCGUAUGGCAAUGUCUGCUGCUGCUGUCAAUGAUGUUGCAGCAUGGAUACUACUUGCUCUUGCCAUUGCUCUUUCGGGAUCAAACACUUCCCCUCUUAUUUCCUUGUGGGUCCUGCUCUGUGGUGCCGGUUUUAUCGUCUUUGUUAUUGUAGCUGUAAAGCCUUUACUCGCAUUGAUGGCUAAACAUUCCCCUGAGGGUGAACCUGUGAGGGAGAUUUACAUUUGCAUCACCUUGACAAUUGUUUUGGCUUGUAGUUUCAUAACUGAUACUAUUGGUAUUCAUGCACUUUUCGGAGCUUUUGUAGCUGGAAUUGUUGUUCCUAAAGAUGGUCCUUUCGCGUCUGUUUUGACCGAAAAGAUUGAAGAUCUUGUUAUGAGUCUUUUGUUGCCACUUUAUUUUGUGUCUAGUGGAUUGAAGACUAAUGUGGCUACUAUAAGUGGAGGAAUGUCUUGGGCACUAUUAAUCCUUGUUAUAUUUAAUGCUUGCGUUGGUAAAAUUGUUGGUACUCUUUCUGUGUCCUUGUUGUGUAAAGUGCCUUUUAGAGAAGCAUUGACCCUUGGAUUUCUCAUGAACACCAAGGGCUUAGUGGAACUUAUUGUUCUCAACAUUGGCAAGGAUCGCAAGGUACUGAAUGAUCAAGCAUUUGCAAUAUGUGUUUUAAUGGCAUUGUUCACCACUUUCAUCACCACACCGAUAGUGAUGGCACUAUACAAACCUGCUAGGAAAGGAACACCUUACAUGAUUAAAACAGUUCAGCGCAAAGAUCCAGACACAGAACUUCGAAUUCUAGCUUGCUUCCACAGCACAUGGAACAUUCCCACAUUAGUCAAUCUAAUAGAAUCUUCAAGAGGAACACGAAAGCGAGGAAGAUUAUGUAUAUACGCAAUGCAUCUAAUGGAACUCUCUGAAAGACCUUCUGCCAUAACAAUGGUUCAUAAGGCUAGAAACAAUGGCCUGCCCUUCUGGAAUAAAAAACAAAGCGACAACAACAAUGAUCAAAUGGUAAUCGCGUUUCAAGCUUACGGACAUCUAACUAGCGUUAAUGUCCGUUCAAUGACAGCAAUUUCGUCGUUGAAUAACAUCCAUGAAGACAUCUGUUCAAGUGCUCACCAGAAGCGAGUCGCGAUGAUUCUACUCCCGUUCCAUAAGCACCAGCGUGCUGAUGGAAUCAUGGAGUCACUAGGCCAAUCUUUCCGCAUAAUGAAUGGCCUUGUACUCAGUCACGCUCCCUGCUCGGUUGGAAUUUUGGUCGACCGCGGCCUUGGAGGGACAAGUCAAGUUCAUGCUAGUGACGUUUCUUACAAUGUUGUUGUACCUUUCUUUGGAGGAUGCGACGACCGUGAAGCACUGGCGUACGGUAUGAGAAUGGCUGAACAUCCGGGGAUUUAUCUAACUGUUAUCAAGUUCAUUACUCCACCAGGGAAAACACUGGCAUUCGGUGCUAAACUGAUCGGUGUAGCAGCUGACGAGAAUCGAAAAGUAAUAAAAGUGGCUGAUGAUAGCACAGAUGAUGAAGAUAAAAAAGAGGACAAUCAAUUCUGGUCAGAAUUUAUAAGUGUUUCUUGUAAGAGCGAAGAGUCUAUAGUUUACGAGGAAAGGUUGGUGGAUAGUAAAGACGAUAUUAUAACUGUAUUGAGGGAAAGGAACAAGAGCAAUCUGAUCUGUGUCGGUCGAAUGCCUCCAGUAGUACCUUUGCUAGAUGGAAGUGAUUGUGCUGAGCUUGGUCCUGUUGGAAGCUAUUUGGCAUCUUCUGAUUUCUCUACAAUUGCAUCAGUACUAGUUUUUCAGCAAUACAAUCCCAAGACAGAUAUUCAUCCUUUGGUUAUGGAGGUUUCUGAUUAUUCUGAUAUCCCUGACACACCAAGAGAUGAAGUAUAG